CUUCCAAUGGCAAGCAAAACCUCCGGUCUUUCAUGGCUUCUCCUGAUGAUCAGUCUCGCCUGCACUCUCCUUGUUGGGCACUCAGCUUCUAAGACUGACCGAAAGGCAUAUAUUGUGUAUAUGGGCAACAGGCACUUGGACGAGGUUUCCACAUCAUCCCUUCACACAAGCAUGCUACAAGAAGUCAUUGGCAGUACUGGACCGGAAUCUCUACUCCAUAGCUACGCAAGGAGUUUCAGUGGAUUUGCAGCGGAACUAACCGAGCAAGAAGCUCAAAAAAUAGCUGGAAUGGAUGGCGUAGUAUCUGUGUUCCCUAGCGAACAUAAAAAGAUUCAAACAACAAGGUCGUGGGACUUCCUUGGCUUUCCGCAGCAAGUCCAUAGGAGACCUAUUGAAAGCGACAUCAUUAUAGGAGUGCUUGACUCUGGAAUUUGGCCGGAGUCAAAUAGCUUUAGUGACGAAGGAUUUGGUCCACCACCUACCAAAUGGAAGGGAACCUGCCAAGCCUCGACCAAUUUCACUUGCAACAAUAAAAUCAUUGGAGCACAAUAUUACCGUAGCAGUGGAGUUUUUGGCGAAAAUGAUGUCAAAUCUCCUAGAGAUACAAAUGGCCAUGGGACACAUACUGCAUCAACAGCAGCUGGGAACCUAGUUAGCGGGGCAAGCCUACUGGGCUAUGGCUUCGGAACAGCACGAGGAGGAGUUCCAUCAGCACGUAUUGCCGUGUACAAAAUAUGUUGGACCGAUGACGUGACCUGUUCUGAUGCUGACAUUAUGAAAGCAUUUGAUGAUGCCAUUGCUGAUGGCGUUGACAUAAUAUCUCUUUCCGUCGGUGGCCGACAUCCUCGGGACUAUUUUAAUGAUCCAAUUGCCAUUGGUGCCUUUCAUGCUAUGAGAAAGGGAAUAUUGACAUCAAUGGCUGCGGGUAACGAAGGUCCAAAUCUGCAAUCCACCACAAACGUUUCUCCAUGGUCUCUCUCUGUGGCUGCAAGCACUAUAGACCGAAAGUUCUCCACUAAGGUCCAAUUAGGUAACGAGAAGAUCUAUGAGGGAAUUUCAAUUAAUACUUUUGACCUCAAGAAUGAAAUGUAUCCAAUAAUUUACGGUGGAGAUGCACCAAAUACUAUAAGCGGUUUCAAUAGUUCCCAAUCCAGGUUGUGCACAAAAAAUUCACUGGACCAAGAUUUGGUGAAGGGUAAAAUUGUACUUUGCGAUUUCCUGACUAAAGGUGAAGCGGCAUUCUUAGCUGGUGCUGUGGGUACUGUGAUGCGAGGCCAAGAACUCCAAGAUGUUGCCGACUCUUAUCCCUUAGAUGCAUCUUACCUUCGCUUGGAGGAUGGUAGCAAGGUGUACUCAUACAUAAAUUCAACAAGGGGCGCAACAGCUACUAUUCAUAAGAGUAAUGAGGUUAAUGAUAUAUUUGCUCCUUACAUAGCCUCCUUCUCAAGCAGGGGUCCGAAUCUACUUACUCCCAACAUUCUCAAGCCUGAUUUAGCUGCACCCGGAGUUCACAUUCUAGCUGCAUGGUCUCCAAUUUUCCCAAUUUCAGGAGUUAGAGGUGAUAAUAGACUAUUAUCAUACAAUAUAGAAUACGGGACAUCAAUGGCUUGCCCACAUGCUACAGCGGCGGCUGCCUACAUCAAAUCCUUUCAACCCACAUGGUCACCUGCCGCUAUCAAGUCGGCUCUUAUGACCACUGCUGUCCCAAUGAGUGCUGAAAAGAACAUUGAGGCUGAAUUUGCAUAUGGUGCAGGCAAUAUAAAUCCUCUUAAGGCUCCAUAUCCUGGUUUAAUAUAUGAUAUGGAUGAACUUGACUACAUAAAAUUUUUGUGUGGUGAAGAUCAAUAUAAUACCACGUUAUUACAAAUUGUUACUGGGGACAACAGUACAUGUUCUGAAGCCACUAUUGGAACCGUCUUUAAUCUAAAUUAUCCUUCUUUUGCUCUAUCCACGUCACCCUCGGAAUUUAUUAGUCAAGUUUUCAACCGGACCGUCACCAAUGUUGGAUCACCAUCGGCUACGUAUAAAGCUAUUGUGAGCACCCCACUUGGACUUACAAUCAAAGUGAACCCUAACAUUCUAUCAUUCACAUCUCUUGGACAAAAAAGAUCGUUUGCGCUCACGAUUGAAGGAACAAUAGAUAAAUCCAUUGUCUCUGCUUCUUUAGUGUGGGAUGAUGAUACCUUCCAAGUGAGGAGCCCUAUUGUUGUGUAUGUUGCGCAUGAUGCAUGACAUUCUAUGGUACAUGUAUUACAUAAAUAAUUAUAAGAAAAAGCUUUGAAGGAAUAUGCAUGGAAGGUUAGAAUGAAAGCAGUGGUGGAAAGGCAAGGGAUUUAAAAUUGUUGUAAUUUAUGCCUUUAAUUUGCUUCAGUUCUG